AUGAGAAAGCGCAGGAAUCUGACAGAUAACUGCCUCAACCAGGGUAAGAAGGAAAAAAAAGAGGUAAGUCUCCUCUUUUUCUGUCCCUACCACCUUAUUCUCUCCAGCCCUCUUCCCCCCUCAGCCUGGUCGCUCGGCGCUUGCGGGAAGCAUCUGGGUUCAUUUAUCCCCAAACCCAGGCAGGCUUGAGGACCUCUGUGCCCUCUCGGGUUGCAGGGUCUGAGCGUGCUUCGGUGUGGGUCCUUGUUGUUGUGGAAGAGAGGCUUGAGUCUGGGCUACAGCCGGUCUGGACCAUCUCAAAGCUCCAGUCCAGCCCUUUUCCAUGCUUUGCUUGGCCCCUCAUUCCAGCCCAGAUGCCCCGGAGCAUGGUUAGUGUUGGGCUUCAUAUGAGCUGAAAGAUACUAAACAGAUUCAUCCAGAAGCUACGGCGAAGACAGGCCGCCUUGAGGUAUAAAGGAGCAGAUGGAAAAGAGGGAAGAGUCUGAUGCAAGCCGGUGCUUCAAAUAGAUUAGUAUGUGGAUGAAAGAGGAGCAAAGGAGUCCAGAUAUGUCACUUGAGUAGUUUCUAAGAUAUCUGUGUUACUUGACUACUUACUUUGGCUUGACUACAUUUUAUGCAGCAUUUUUACUCUAGACAUAAUCUUUCUGCUUCAUUUAAGAUUUAUCUUAAAAGUUAUUUUAAUUUUGCAUCAUGGUGCCGCACCUCCUCUACAUCAUGACUCAUUUCAACCUCAUAAUUAUCACAAUAUAAUUAUUAGCAUGUAAUUCAUAAAAAAAACUAGAAAAGCACUCAGAGAGCGCAGACCUCCUCCAAGCAGCUCAUGCCCCCCCUUAUAUUGUGAUUCACCCCAAAACUUUUACUGUUACGUGUCUUUUAUUAACAUUUAUUUGUGUUUUAACUGGUAUGUUCACUGUUCAUAAUGUUCCUAAAACAAGAAAUGCCCUGACCCUGAUUCAAACCCAAGACCUUCUUACUGUGAGGCGACAGUGCUAACCACUACACCACUGUGCCGCCCAUUGGUUAUCUUUCAGCAUUGAAAUUUCCAACAACACCCUUAUUUUUGUGUGUUCUGGAUCACAGUAUCCAGAAUUUUGUCUGGAUCAGGAUCAGCCUUUGACAACUAAUAAAACUCAUUGAGAUCCUUUUGUGUAAAUUUCUACUGAAGACUCUGGACAUUUUUAUACAGUUAAAUGCAAAAAUUCCAAAAUUUGCCCUAUCUCACAAUGAUAAAGGAUCCUUCAAAAAAUUGGUGAUCCUGUAUCCAGAAGGCGAUCCGGAUCACAACCAAAAUGUAAUGGGAUCCUCCUGGGGCUGAGAUGCACCUCUGGUGAAAAUUUCAGGUCAAUCUGUCUGUAACGUUCUCCGUAAAGUUGCUAACAGACAAACAAACAAACAAACAAACAAACAAACGAACCAAGGCUACCAAAAACGUAACCUCCUUGGCAGAGGUAAAAAGAAAAGAAAAGAAAAUAACAUUUCCUCAUGAACUUAUCCAAUAUGCUCCAUUUCAAAUGUAUGAAUAAUAUACAUCAGCUCCCUGUAACUAAAACUUCUUUUGGAGAACACAUUGCCUCAUAAAACAAUUGUUUGCCAUUCUUUUAUUUUGAUAUUUGUUUCUGCCUUGCGUUCAGCCAGCAUUGUGAAAUUAUGCUUUUAUUUUGAAAUUUACUAUUUCUGUGAGCGGUGAGGAAGGUUUUAAAGAGCAAUUAGGAAGUAUUAAUGUUUAAUUGAAUAGUAACUUAAAGACGCACAAGCUCUAACUUUGUCUUAAGAUUCACAAUAAAUCUUUGAAUAUCAGCUUUUAAAAGUGCUGAAUCAUCUCUCAAAGCUAGCUUACUAGCUGUCUUUCUACCCUGUUUUCUAAUAGGCAGUGUUGUCCAACUUGGAGGGCACCAACAGGAUGUGGCAACCAGGUAAGAAAACCACAUGUAGGCCUAUAAACUCAUGGUAUUAUCAUAUUUUCAUUUAUCUAUUUUACAAAAAAAAAAGCUUUAUGAUUAUUACUAAAAGAAAGCUGUUGUCAAUCCCAAUAUAGUUUGCAGAAAGCCACCUCAGAAGGCCACUUUCUACCUUCAUACUAAGUAAAUAGUUCCUCUGUUACUGGAGUCUUUUUGUAGACAAGUGUGUGUCCCAGUACCACAGUAAAGUGUGUCUAUGCCUUCAGUCACCUCUGGUAGGUAGGGGUAAUGUUAACCUCACCCCUCUCAUAUAUUUAUGAAUGCACACAUCAACAUUUGCAUAAUGAGACAAGCGGAUGUACACUGCAUCCGCAAUGUGUGCACAGGAAAUGCACUCUCAUGUCUCAGGACCGCAGGUUGAAAUGACUGAGAGGUCCAUUCAGCCUUACUGUUUGGUAUAAUCCACAGGCUGCUCUGUGCCAAACGUCAGUCUGGGUUAUCAGGCUGCACGGCUGAAUGGAUGCAGAGUGAGUCUGGCUGGUUACUUAAAGUCAUUGAGAAGUUAUUCAAACACCCAGUUAUUAUGGUGUAAACAAAGGCCGGCUUGUCACAAGCCAUUACAGAUAUGGUGUUUACAAGAAUGCCACUUUAAUGCACUGCAUGUUUUGUCUGAUGAUUAAGGAUGGUGUUUGACAACCAACUGGUUGGAGAAAUGAAAGUAGAUUAAAAGAGGCUGUUUUUUUCUUUUAUUGUUCAACAGACAGCAAGGACCAUACAAACAAAGUCAACUAUGUAUAUAAUUCUGUUAAUAGGCACCCUAUAUGACUGACAAAGGAAGGACAUAAUAGAUUUUGUGUAUUAGCAGACAUAUUUACCAUGGAGAAACAGUGUCCACAAGACAGGAAGAAAAAAGAAAAAAAGAAAAUCAUUUGCAGCCAGGAAGAUUAAUUAUGAGAUUUAACUCAUCCUAACAUUUUUGAGUCAUAAAAAACUCAAACUUUGGCAAUAGCUAAGUUAAUUUUUUUUCAAAUGCUGGGCAAAAUGAAAACAUUCUGGUAUCCAUUUUGGUUCUUACCUCAAAUGUACUUAAUCAUAGGGGUCAGUAAAGUGGUUGUAGUGAAGUGGGGGCAGGUUUGUAGCCACUAUAUCCAUUAGUACCCACUUAUCCGGCUAGUGUGUCCAUGAGCAAGGCAUUCAGCUCCUCAUAAAUGACACAUCUAGUUAAGAACAUGAUCUGAAAUAAUAUAUUUAAAAAGGAAAUGAUGUAAGAAAUUAAGUUUAAUAGGGCCACCCAAGUGGGAGCUUAGAGUUAGAUUUUGGCAUAAUCCUUUUUUAUCCAGCCUAUUCGGGUGAUGAACAGAUCCUGAAGAUAGACCAAACCAAGAAUCUUGAUCCUCCACAGGAUAAUACUUUGUUGCUUUCCAUCCUUGGCUCAAAUUCCCAAGCCUAUCUGUUCUUCCUGAUCUUUAAAAUUGGCCUUGAAAUAUGUUAGGAAUAAUGUAUAGUAAACGGGUGGUUGUGCAAGUUAGAAUUCCUCCACUUUGCAUCAGGGUCCCGCUCACUCUUCUGAGGUUCUAGUUCGCAUAAACACCUGUUGACUACAUAUUUGCCUGCUUAUCAUCCAGCGACUGGCUAAAGCUUUAAAAAAUGGACCCAAGAUGAUUGGCAGAGAAUUUUAUUGAUUCUAAAAAUAAUUUUUGUGUACAGCUUGAGUUUUCAUGGUUGGUAAAACUUGCAUUGUACCUGAUUUAUAUCGGCCUAAUUGUGCGACAAAUAUACAGGCACUGACCACUGAAAUUAAUGGUCAAGUCAAUUUACAUUACAUGUUGCCAUUGAGGACUACAUGAGAGCAGGGAAGAAGUACCUCCUUCUUUUUGGAGCUCUGGUGUUAACACUCCCUCAAACAAAAAUAAGACAAAUCUCAAACUUUAAACACAGUGUUUGUUGCUGCUUGGAUCAACAAGAUUCAGAAUCAAGAUAUCCCCCAUGUUGCUUACCCAGCUGACUGGGAAUAGUACCAACUAACUUGCCACAGUGUCAACAGGCUUGGGUGAAUUGCGCCAGAUUUCCUUAUUUGGGUCGAUCUGACAGGUGGUUAGUUUGUCCCAAAUGUUGCUUUGGCUGUCGAAAAUGAAUUCCUUGAGGUGUAGUUUCGGCGAAUCAGGAUCAAGUGUUAAACACAGUUGGAUGAAGGCUGAGUAAAAAGUUAUUACAGUUUAUAACAAGGCUUUGCAAAAUAAGUGGGCACUGUAGGUUUUGAAAAACAAGAUUGUAAAUAGAUCAGGCAGGAACUAUUUUGGUGGCAAGUUAAUAUGUUUCAUUUCAGGCAGAUUUAUUUGAAUUGACUAAAAGCUAACUACGACUUUAUUUGUCAGUUUAUGUGUUGAAAUGAACUGCGUCCUCAUAAACAUGCCUCUUAGGUUGCUUUCUCUAUAAAAUACCAUUAUUUCUGUACUUUAUAUAACAGGACAAUACAGUGCAGUUGCCUCAGAUCCUUGCUUGAUGAAGCCAAGAAAACCCUGUUUUGGCAGUAAGUGAACAAUGUAUUCCCCAGUCAUUUCUCAAUUUAAACUCUUUUGGCUUUUGUCUACAAACCACUCAUUGAAAAAUGACACUAGGAAUAGUAAAAGUGACUGAAAAAUGGUUUUCUUGAGUUGUGGAAAACAGGACAAAGCCUGUGCCAGACAAGCAGCGUCUUUUUUCAGGUCAUAAAUGUCUUACAAAUUUGAAUCUCAUUACCAUGUCAUGAAUACAUCUUUGGGAAUCCAUUAAGCAUUUCCUGCCUAAAAUUACAAUGAGAAUUCAGAUUUCAGCAAAAAGGGAAAGAAAGAGUCGGGGAAGAGAAUAAAGCCUCAGAAAGAGCAUCACUGUACAGCUAUUUUAGCUCUUUCAGUCCACUUAAGGAGACCCGGGGAAAGAAAGGAAGAGAUGUGAGUGACUGACAGAUGAUAGCAAUAAAAGUAAGAACAAACUGGCCAUUUUACUGUGGUAGGGCCAUUUGAGAAGGGAUUAUUAACUUGUCAGCAUUUCAAACUAAGACACAACUUUUUCCCCUCCAAAACACAUCCCCAUGUCUCUGUUACUUUUAUUAGAAAGUCUUUAAACCUUUGACCCUUUGGGGCCUCAGUUAUUGGCUGUUAAUAGAGACACGCUGGUCAGUGAGGAGACCCUAAGUGCCCUAUUAAUCAUUUGUUUAGAGCUCGAGCCUAUUUGAAGCUCUGUGUUUAGUGUGGGUUAAAAAUAGUAGGCGGUGGAUUGAGACAGCAGUCCGCCACUCAUCGCUCAAGCUGUCACGACACGUGGGCCCUUGGGGAUAUGGGCAGGAGACCCCUCCAGCCUCUGAGGUUCAAAGGUUGCAAGGUUUAUCAUUAUUACCCACUUAUUUUGUCGUGGCUGCAGGGAUCCUUUUUGAGUUUGAUGCUAAAAAUAGAUGUCUUUUCAAAGUAAAAUCCCCUCACCGCAGGUAAUUUUAAAUGACUAUCCCCUUUAAACAGUCAAGAGUUUCAUGCCAAAGCUAGGAGAUGCUGUAGUUUACAUGUCUCAGGUAAAUUUUGCAACUCAUGAAUAAUACACAAGCGAAGCACAUGCUGCUGCAUGCUUUCUCCACCAAAAUGCCACAAGUAAGCGAGUUGUUUGCUGGCAGAUUGACAGUGAUGGAAAAUAAAAUGUCAUGGGAUCAAAUCAUUAAUCUUGUCAAAUAUUGUCAUAUGACAGGGGAAAAUACAGGUGUGGAGAUUGCAUCGGCUGAUAAAACAUUACUUACAGCCAUUUUUCCAAUAAGAGAUGGACUCGCUGCUGUCAAUAUUUGUAGGGGAUGUGAGGUAUGCCCUAGCGAAGGCCAUUUUGCGAGGAGCAGAGAGCCUGCUGGGAAAAAUACAGUGGUUCAUGCUGGGUCUCCGGGAAGCUGAAAAGCCACCGGCAAAAAGCUAUGAAUUAUUUUGAGCGCAAAAUACAUUUUCUUUGAAGACUGUCGGGCCAUUAGAGCCCUUUUGCUCCCUUUUAAAUUGUUUUUAUGCUGUGAGUAAUGUUAACCUUUGCUUUUGUAGUCAUGAAAUUCUCUCUGCACCUUUAUCCUUCCUGGCACAAAGCACAGAUGGGCUGGAAGAAGCUGGAAGUAAAGUAUAGGAACCAUUUACCGCAAGCAAAGAAUAGCUCCAAGGAAGAAACGAAGGCUUUUAUUCUGAUGUCCAUAGACUCAGUAUAGUACAAACUAAGUGCGCAUAAGAAUAAACCCUUGCUGAAAUAACUUCAUUCAGUGAUCAAGCUUGAGAGAAUAUAGCAGCAAAAACUUUAAAGUACUUCCUGGAGGCUAAAAAUCAUAAUCAUAUAACACUUAUACCAUAGGAGGGAUAAUGAAAUGCAUCAACAAGUGCACUGUGGGGUACUGUAAUGAGUUGUUAAGGAUCUAUUUGUGCCCAUUAAUACCACGGAUUACCCAUGUACUUACAGUCCCCUGGUGUUCACAUGCAGAAGGCCCUACUCCUUAUACCAGCGCAUCAUACGCUCUGUGUUUUAUUAACAAAAGCUCUGGAUGAUUUCUGUGGUAUUUGCAUUUCUUACUUUUUCAAACUGAAUUUGUUCAGGGUGUCAGUGAGAGACUGUGAGAGCAAACAGUCUAAUAAUUUCAGAAUAAUCCCUCACCACAAUGUUGCCAAGAAUCUGCGGGCUUCACGUGUUUAAGUGCUACGGUUUUGUGUAGAUGCAUCCUGCUACUACGUAGUUCUUUGCUACUUGGUUCUAAUUCAGCAUGACUGGUUCAACGUGAAUUCGACCCAGAGCAACCCCCAUUUUCACUGGCUAUUCGUAUAGUCUACCAAAACAUGGCAGAAUGCCGACUAUCGGAAAGCAUAUUGACCAUGUUUUAUAUUGAUUUUUAGGGAAAUUAAUUUUUGAUAUAUAUCGUUAUUGUUUUAUCACCCAGCCCUACAAGUAUUUAAAGAUUGAGAGAAUCUGGAAAAAUCUCUGUACAAAAGAAGGGCCAAAGCCAAACACCAACGAUGGAUGGCUGAAACCCUUAGGCAUGACUGCAUCAACAGCAAAGACGCUGUAGUAAGAAUCACCGGAAGGCCUCAAAAUAACCUACAAAAACUAGUCUGUGAAGUGAGUAAGUUCAGCGUGGCAGCAAAGGUAAGUUAACAGGUUCACAAACUUAAACUUGUCGUGAACAAUGUUUGCUUAGAGUUCAUUUGGAUCAUUCUGGGGUUUCAUGGUUAUGAUCCUUUGCUUUGUGUGGUAUUCUCCUGUUUCCUAUAGUGUGUCCUCUGGGUUCUUGUUCUCACAAGUGUGUUUGAUUAUUACUUUUAUUAAUAACUUUACUCUUUGUAUUCUUAUUAAUGCGAUUUGUGGUAAUGCAAUCUGAGUUUAUGUUCGGGUGAUGUCCCUUUGCUCUGAAAAAGUUAUAAUGUAGUCUGCUAUAAGGCAAAGGUCUUCUACUCCAGAGAGUAUUGAAUAGAUUUGUCCACUUCUCUGCAGCAUUUCUGCACAUUGCAGCGUGGUUCACUGGAAUAACUUGGUGUAUGAAAAGCUUUAUUCACAAAUGCUGCUGAUUGUCUUGCAGGAAGUUCUGCCCAGGAGGGCUUGUCCCACAAAGCGGAAAGCCAUUUACCGAGAAAAAAAAAGGUAGGAUGUCACCUAUGUGAUUUUUUUCUCCUCUCUUUUGUGUGUGCUGCUUUGGAAAAGAAGCUCUUCUAUUGUCAUUCAGUAUACAUGUGUUUUCUUUUUCUUAUCAGAUUCUAAAGCUCAGCGUGCAUUCUUGUUUUUCUCUUUACAGUAUUGCACCGUCAAAAGGAACGACAGGGGAACAACAGAGGCUCGGAGUCACUGGAGGACUUGAUGAGGUAUUUCGUCCAUGCCCACACAGACUCACAGCUGUUGAAUGAGGCCACAAUGCUGCUGGCUAGAGUAAUGGAUUAG